CGCCUGGUGACUGAAGUGCCUUCAGUUUCCCCAGGGUGUUGAGGGCUGGUCGGCAUCAUGGCCCUGGCGCCCCUCAAGUUGCUGGUGCUCCCCUGGUUCCUCCUGGCGGGGAGCGCCAGGGCCCAGACUCAGCCCUCACCUCCUGGAGGAGCUCUCACCUCGGCGGGAGGGACUCCCGGCGCCUCGCCGUCCCCGGAGCCGGAGCCGGAGCCGGAGACCCCCGCCUCUCCCCCGGCCACGCCGCCGGGGGUUCUCCUCGAGGAGGGGUCCCCGGUACAGCCGCUCGUAACUGUGACCCCGGAGCCCUUCCCUGGCGAAGAGCAGGCCCCCUGGGAAGAGAUUCUAAGCGGGCGCCUCUUCUGGUCUUCGACCGUCCUUGCCGAGAUCUGUACGUGCGACUUGACGCCGAACUCCUGCGAUCUAAACUGCUGCUGCGACAAGCAAUGCCCCGUGCGCGAUCCCAAGUCUGUGUUCGCCUUCUGCCUCGAGGGGAGCUACAGGGUAAUGACUUGGGAAUGUAUAGAUGCUUCCAUUGUUUUCCGGAGUAAUACCCCAUUUCGUGUAACAACUGUGGUACUGCCACAUGAAGGGCUACAAUUUUGUAUCCAGGUGGACAACCCAAUGUCGAACUAUUUCCAGCAUCUUCAAAAGGUUAAUAGGACCAACAUAAAAUCCUUGGUAAUGGAGUAUGGAGGUGCAUCAUUCCUCUCGGUACCUCAAUCGAUGCCAACUUUUUCUUCUUUUUACAUGGCUGGAGAUCCCAUUCUGAUCUACUCUCCUGAGUGGUCAUUACUGAGUUAUUUCAAACAGCCAGCAGAAGUAGGACCUGGAGAACUUUGCACUGAGAAUAAUGCUGCAAGAUUCUUGGAAAGUAGAAGUACCACCUGCACCCGGUUCUUUAGCGAGCUGACAAGCAGCUGCACCACAGAUCCCUUACUCAGGAUUACCUCUUACCAUAACUUCGUGGUCUUGAAGGUUCCAAAAGGUGUGACAGAUCUGGAGAACAUGCAGGUGCCUAUAACACUUACUUCAGAACCCAUUUCACCUCAGCUAGAUGGAAACACUUGUCUUAAUGUUGUUUCGCAGGUUAUCUAUGAGAUAGAGACCAAUGGGAUUCUGGGAAUCCAGAAAAUCUCUCUGUCUUUCAUCUUGAUGAACCUGUCUGGGGAUCCCGGAGCUUCUAUACGGCAACACUUCACUAUACGUUUCCAUGCUUUUCAGCGUAGAAGAGCUGCUCUUCCUUUGGCUAGAAGUGGGAAUCCUGGCUAUAUUUUUGGAAUGCCUCUCCUAGUUUUAAAAGAUGAUACCAGUGAUCCAAUGACUAUCUCACAGAGCCACAGUGAUGGAAGUUGCUCUGUGAAUAGACGAAAAGUAGAAUUUGGGGUGAAUAUGAUGACUGGUUGCAAGUUGAGGGUAGAGAACAGAAACUGUGACCAUUUGCAGGACGAGAUCUAUAAGACUCUUAGUGGAACAUCCAGUCCAGUAUACCUAGGCAUCAUGGGUAAUUCGGAGCCAUCCCACAGAGGACAUUGGGUCAAGGUCUUCACCAAGAAUUGCAGUGCUCUGGCUAAAAAUUGUACUUCUUGCUGUUGCAUACCAUUUUCCUUGGAGAUCCAGAUAUUGUGGGGUUACGUGGGCCUCCAGUCCAACCCACAAGCUCGUGUGUUAGGAGGCCGGUACCUGUAUCAGUGCAACUUUAUAACGUUACCCUCAUCUGUGGUAGAAGUAUCUUUGACAACUUUUGUGUCCUUCACUGACAUCACAAAGAAGCCAAAGAUUACAGAGAGCCGGCUAGAAACAGAAUGGAUAUUGCCAUUCACCUCUUUUUUUCAGGGGGAAUCAAGUGGAAAAAUGGCAUCUCUGAGAAGCUGGAGCACUCUUGUUGUCUUCUGUGUGUGUUAUUAUCUGGCCUUCUCAGCUUAGAGAUGAGCUGAAGAAAGGAGGAGAAUCAGAUUUUACUCUUCCCAGUGAGGGCUGUAAGAUGGCCUUCCUGCUUAUGCUACAGGAAUGAUUCCUGUUCAUCAUUAUGACCAAGGAGAAAUGUCUCCUUCAAUUAUGGGACAGGAGGGAAGGAGUCUUUGGGUAUGGUGGCAUUUCAGAAGAGAGGACAAAAAUGCCUUCAUCUUAAUUAUUUCUAGUAAAGCUGUAGAUGAGUGGCAACAAGGCAUAGUACAUGGCUAGAUCCUAGUCUGAAAGGACUUUAACCUCUUACCAUGAAUUGGCCCUGUGAUCUCAGGCAGCUCUUGUGUCCUUCCUCCGCCCUCCGUAGCAUUCUGUAGGUACGAGCUGCACAACAGUUGCUGAUUUUCAUUGGUAUUGGAAUUUUCCUACACCAAUGAAAACUCGGGUCUGGACCAGGAAAACACAAUUUAGCAUAGACUUAAGCAGAGAGGAGUUAACUCUCCUUCUGAAGGAGAAAAUAAGCUUCUAGGUACCCAAAGCCAUAUUCAAGUCAUCUGUUACAGGAAUAAGAACAAAUUAAAAUGUUUAACUGUCAUGAAAUACAAAAGGACUCAGUGUUCAGAACAGAGAAGUAUUGACACCCCAUCUUGGCUCCAUUCUAGGCUAUACUUUUUUGCUAAUACAAAAAUGAGAAAAGUAAUUCUCUUUCUGUUUUUGCAGUGUCUCUGGAGAAUACUCUUAGUUCACUUUUUCAGCAGUUAAGAGCUGUAUAAGUGAUUUAGUAUUUGGUGUUGCACUAAUUCCCAGGAAAAAACUAUUAAGUUUAAGUUUGAAUCCUGCAUCUACUCCUUAUUAACUAAUUAUCUUUGUUAUCUUGGGCAAGUCAUUUAACCUAUCUAAACUGUAGUUUCCAUAUCUUUAAAAUGAAAAAGACUGAAAUAGGUGACUUCUCAUGCCCUCGCUCUAAAAUCUAUGUUCCUUUGAUUUCUAAAGUUGACCUCAUCAUCUCAAAUGGAAAGUGCCCUGGGAUCUGUACUUGGUUCUUGGCCAUUUAGCAUUUUUUGUCAAUUACUUGGAUAAAGUCAUAGAUGGCAUGCUUACCAGAUUUUCAGUUUGCAUAAAUCUUGGAGAAAAACUAACAUAUUAGAUGAUUGAGUCAGGAUCCAAGAAGAUCUUGAAAGCCUAAAACAUUGGACCACAUCUAAUAAAAUGAAAUUUGAUAGGGCUAAAUUAAAAUUUUACCUGAAUCAAAAAAAAAACAACCAACCUCAGCCCCACAACUAGCUUUAUAAGAUGUGGGAGACAUUACUAGAGACCAGUGUAUUUAUAAUUUAAAAAAAAAGCAAAUGAGGAUCCAGCAAGAGAAAUUUCAUUCAAAAUAGCUUAAAAAAUGCAUAAAAUAUCUAGGAAUUAACCAACAAGACAAAAUUAAUAUUUAUAGAAAUGAAACUCAGUAUGAGUCAAUGGUGUACGUAAUAUGGCAGCUUCUCCCCCCCCCCCCCCCACCCCCCCAAAAAAA